UUUUAAAAACAAUUUAGCUUGUAUUUUUUUAGUAGGACAACUGUUCUUUUCCAAGUUUAUGCUUUCUAGUUCCAAAAAAAAACACAAUAAAAGCAGCUUUUAUGCACAGUCGCAUUAUUGCAUCUUAAGCACAAUUGUAAUAUUAGUAGAAUACAAAGGACGAAAAACCCGAAUCAAAAUCCUACAUUUAGUUACUUCCUGAAUGUACAACACAUGUACAAAAUGGUUCAUUUUAUUAUGAGAUAUACUUUAUCUUUAUUUAUUCCAAGGGAUGGGUUUUUUCUUACAAGGUCCCUAAAUAAAAAUAGACAAGCAUUGUUCAGGAAUCAAGAACACUAUCGAGUCAAAGUGCUUUUUAAUAAUCCACUCCAGGAUUAGUGCUACGUUCAGAGCAACCAGCAAAGACUAGUGAGUGGGCUGAGCUCUACUGCCAUGGCAUCGCACUGCUGCGCUAUAAAAGCCCGCUGUGAUCGGUGUAGACCAAUACUUCACCGAAACCUGCUGAGCCGAAACUGAAGAGUCAAGUCAGUUCAGGAGGAAAGAAAGUUCCACUCGUAUGAAACCGCAAGAAACGAACGAACCCUCUGCUGCUCCCAGAAGGAUGAGGGCUUUCCCAGCAUGCAUCGCGCUCCUGGGGCUGGGCCUGUGUGGCCUGCCGAGCCCAGCCGCCACCUCCCCCCUCCGCUCCUGCGAGCCCGUGAACGAGACCGUCUCCGUGGAGAAAGACGGCUGCCCGCAGUGCCUGGUGUUUCGGACCUCCAUCUGCAGCGGCCACUGCCUCACCAAGGAGCCCGUCUACAAGAGCCCCCUGGCCAUGAUCUACCAGCACGUCUGCACGUACCGGGACGUCAAGUACGAGACCAUCCGGCUGCCGGGCUGCGCCCCUGGCGUGGACCCCCACGUGACCUACCCGGUGGCCCUGAGCUGCGACUGCAGCCUGUGCACGAUGGACACGUCCGACUGCACCAUCGAGAGCCUGAGCCCCGACUUCUGCAUGAGCCAGCGAGCGAGCCUCCCCGCCUACUGA